AUGACGUCUUCACUGUUCUUACCUUUUCAUCCGUCUUCACCGUUCUUAUCUUUUCAUGACGUCUUCACUGUUUUACCUUUUCAUCCGCUUCACCAUUCUUACCUUUUCAUGACGUCUUCACUGUUCUAUCUUUUCAUCUUUCACCGUUCUUACCUUUGCCUUCGUUCUAAUAGCUCAGCGGAACAUCUUUCCGUCUCCCUCGCCCAGCGUACGCCACUGGGACAGAAACGUCCCGCUGUUUUCGAGCCGGUACAACCUCCAGGCCUCCCGAAUGUGGUCGGGCUGGAGCGGCAUCCGCACGUCGCCAGAGUACUCCAAUUUUUUCUCCGGCACCUCUGUGAUGUCCUCGCCCGCCGCCAACUUGCGGAUCACCUCUCUUUUGUUUCUCUUCUUGGCCUCGAUGUCCAAGAUGAGCUGGGCCUUGUUUUCUCGUUCUUGCACCUCAAACGCCCGCGUGAUGAUGUCGCCAAGAAGCAGCUUCGAGAGACCAGCCAUCACCACCGCUAUGUUCUGCGGAAUCGAGUGGCCCAACACACUGUUGCACACUUUCUUGACGCCUGGUUUGUUGACGGUCAUUCGCCGGUACGCCUCGAACCGUUCCAUCUGGUCUUCGGUGAACGACGUGAUGAGCAAGCGGCGCUUUUCAUCCUCCGUCAACGGCCGGUUUUCCUGGCUCUUGAGCGCCUGGUACUUGGCCACAAGCUCUGCAUCAUCGAUAUCUGA